AUGAUGACCGCUCCCCGCAAAGAAAUACACGAAGACCUUCUCGUCGCCAAGCGGCUGAACAAGGUCAGAUCUUCCUUUCAGUGAAUUCACAACGUCUUCUCUUUUUCAGUACAUCUCUCUCCCGGACACUCGCCGCUGGGAAGUGCACGAUGAGGACACGCUGCACCGCGGCCGUGUGCUCUCUCUGAUUCGCGCAAAACGCACUUUCCUUCCCGACGACCUUUCCUCGCUCAAAAUGAGGACGGCGGCGGUGACAAGGAAAGGAUUCCUGAUGAUCUACGAGAAAUACGACGAGGGACUCGUCAUCGAUCUCCGCGCCGCCACCCACGUUCUCACCGAGUGCGACAAGUACAAGUCGAAGAAGGUGAAGUAUGUGAGUGAAUGUGUUGUUGAAUCCACGUGGAAACAACAGUUCUGUUUCAGUCCCGCAGUCACAUCAAGAUCCGUUUGCCACAUGGAAACGUGCAUCUUUUUGUGCGCGACGAAGACGUUUACAAAUGGACGUCUGCCAUUCUGAAAGCGCACGUUCCGAUGCGUCAUCCGAUUUUCCGCGUUCCCGCUGCCAGGAGAGUCGUCAUUGCGCAGCCGACGGCUCAGUUGGCGACUGCCAUCGAGGACGUGCGUGCUUCAGAGACGCCUUCUUCCCCGACGACUUCGUCCAACAGUGGUCUGAUCACGGAGAGACCGUCUCAAUCAGAAGAAUCUCAGAUGUACGAAUUUGUAUCCCUUCAUUCAUCACUUGUUUUAUUUCCAGCCCAUCGGUUCGUCGCGGUCCCAUUUCGGUGCGUUCUCUUCGGCGCAAACUGGAAAUGGAUGUGCCGCCAGUGAAAAACAUCGUCAUUCCGGAGAAGAAGAAGCCGGCGGAGAAGAUGUUCAUUUCAUCGCUGUUCGUUUUCCACGAGGGAGUCCCCGCUCAGGAGGAGGUGGAGGAGGAAGCUGCCGGCGGAUCGGAAGGAUCAACUAACUCGAACGGAAAGAGGAAGGAAUGGUGGCUGCGUUCACUUCGAUGCUAG